AUGAAUGAAGCAAGGCUUCCGGGAAGGCGACCGAUAGGGGCACAACUGGGUGUUGGGCUUAGCGGUCCAAGUCUUUAUGUUUCGAAGAGUGCUGCUUCAAAAAUCGUUGCUGUGGCAGACGAUGAAAAAUGGUUACAUUGUAAGGAUACAGAAUUCCCGUCGACUUUUAUGGAUUUUAAAGUUGCAUCAAAUUAUACACUAGUGAAUGAUAUACUCGAUCCAUUCGAGAUUGAAUCAAAGGUCCAUUUCCCAUCGAUUAGUCAAAACUUGCCUGCUGAUGAGGAGCUCUUGGAAUCAGACCUGUCUGACGAUGACGAAAAGGAAGGCAAUACGGUUUUUUUAAAUGAACACUCAAAGGAAUCUCUCGUUUCGAACUUACAUUGGAGAAAACCAUCACCUCAAAUUAUUUCAUCGGAUUUACAAAUCUACAGGAAUACUGAGGAAAAGAAACAUUCUAUGUUUGAACUUAUUGAUGAAAAUCGUUCUGAAUCAUUGCAUUUUGAUUUUGUACCAAAAGAAUUGCUAUCAAACCUCACCAGAUCUGAUACCAUAUUGGAAGCUCAACAAGAGAGGUCAAGAAAACUGAAUCGACACAAUUUAUCCGUAAUUGAUCCGACAGUCAAAGACCUCUUUGUGAUAGGCAACGUACAGUCAUCGUCGGACCUGCGACAUGAUAAUGAGCAACGCCAAAUCAUCGCAUUUUCCACAGGACAUUCGGGCUCCAACCUAAUCAUCUCUCCAUUGAAAUUAGAACCUUCUGACACUGAACAUGAUAUUUAUUCGAUAGCUGGAUGUAGUAGUGUAUUCAAAAUUGACUUGAAAUCUAAAAUAAAGACAAUUAAAAUCCCAACCGUUGCAUCUUCACUGGGAAGAUAUUCUGAUUGUAUCAUAGCUAUCACAGAAUGCUCUUUACACAUUAUAAAGAUUAAAAGUAUAGACAAUAAAUAUACCAAGAUUGAUUGUCACGUUUUCGAUCCAUUGUAUUUCACAGAAUUAAGUGAUUUCCCCUUUGCUGAUGUUGCUUUCAAUCCUUGGGAUUUAACUCAAUUUGCAAUUAUUGAUACUAAGGGUAAUUGGGCAAUUGGUUCAUUACCGUUCCAAAACAAAAAUUUUAACGGCCUCAUUCUAAAUGAUUCACUUCGAGGAAGCAUUUUCGACCCACAGGAAACGUCUCUAAGGAAAAAAGUAAUAUGGUCGUCUCAUCACACCCGGAUUUUACUAAUGGACCAAUCUAAAAUAGUGGAAGUUGACUUUGGUCUAAACUGGCAAUCAGAAAUUGUACAGGCUAAAACAUGGUCAGAACUGUUAGAUCUAAAAGAAAUGAACGAAUACUUUAGCAUUUUGCUCACAUCACAAGAAAUUAUAUUUCUAAGAAAUAAAAGCCAUAAUAAUGAAAUCACUAGGGAUUUGUCAUGGAAACAUAAUUUAGAUCAUAAUGAUAAAACCUACCGUAUGUUUAUUCAGAAGGUGGAUGACGGCUAUAAAGCGAUCUUUUUCGUAUACAUUACCUCAAGAAGACAUAAAAAUGUCUACAUGCAAGCAUUCACCCUUACAAACAAUGGUGAAUUAAUAAGAUAUGUAGCAGAACCGAUAAUAUUCCAAAUUCCACAGAAGACCGAGGGCGUCGAUUCUAUUCAAUUUGUUGAGCAAUCCUUGAAUCACUACAGUCCUGAACCUAAUGCACAUUAUAAUAUUAAUCUGAAUCUAUUUAUCAAGGGAACGAACAGUAAAGCCAUGACAACCCUCAUAUUAACUAACAAUAAGAAUUAUGACAAAAUAUCAAGCUAUGAAUCUGAUAAGUGGACUAUUGAGGGACAUAUAGGUAGAACUGAGAUAGAAAAUCCUUCUACCGAAAUUACAUUUUUUAUCCAAGAUAUUGUCAAUAAAUUUGAAAAGACUCUGACUUUGGAUUAUAAUAAGGAUAAGGAGCUUGAAUUAUUUCAACAAUUUGGGUAUCAUUUAUCGGAAUCCAUGAAUAGACUACUAGAACAAUGGGAAGAUUCUGGAAGUUUUUGUUCUCAACGAUCUUUUACAGAGUUACAUGACUUGCCACAGCAUUUUGAGAACCUCUCUGAGUUCACAUCGUUAUUGGAACAAUUCAUUCAGUAUUAUAAAGAUCAGGAGUUACUCUUCACUGACUUAAAAACGAUCUCAAAUUUAUUAUUAUACGAGGAGGUAGAUGAUAUAGAUAUUAUUUACAAUAAACUCCUCCAAUGUUGGGGUUUACUGAAUGAUGAUGCUGAAUUUCUGACAAGAGAAAUUGUCAAACAGAUAGUAUGGACCAUGCUAAAGUUUAACAAGAAGAACAAGUACGAAAAAUUGUCGCACAAAAUACGCAAUUCGUUGGGACAACGAUACAAGGAUACCAUCGAUUUGUGGGAUAUGAACGAACUUGAUGAUGAAAAUGAUUUAGAGUACGGAAGUUCAAAAUCUACGGUACCAUUGCAUAGUCAAUCACAACACAGUAUGAGUAGUCAGAUGCAGAUCCCAAUAAUCAAAUCCUCACAAAAUAAGGUAGCCAAAAGGGGCAAAUCACUGAAUUCCAGGCAUUCAGUUAGAGUUGGUGGUAGCCAAGUAAACACACAGCUAGAUAAUGGUAGUAUGAUGGGCUCUCAAUUAGCUAGUUCAUUACCGGAUACAAUGACUCCUGCAUUUUCCCUUUUAAGUGCCCCCUCUUCGCAACUAAUUUCACAACCAGUAUCACAAGUACGAGACUCUCAAAGAUCUAAGAAGAAAAAGAAAAAAAUUGGGGGCUUUGGAUGA